AUGGCGGAACAGACCAAAACCCUCUCCAAGCUUCUUUCUGACCACACGAAGCUCACGGAGCAGGAAGCGAAGACGCGGGCGGUCAGAGUCCAGAUCACCAAGGCAGCAUUCUACGAGCAUUCAAAGACUCAAGCUCAAACGGAAGAGGCUGAUCGACUCAUCGUGGAAAUUGAGGACAUCAGAAAAGACAUGGCGACUCACGAUAAGCUCACCGACUCCCUCAUUAAAGAGAUCGCGGAACUCGAAGCCAACCGCGACAAGAGUCUCGAGAUCAAAAAACGAGAGCCCAACGCCAAAAAGCGAUCGGAGGAGGAAAACAAAUUUUAUGACCGUUGGAAUCCAUCGGAAAUAGAAUCUAAACUCCGCCGCCUGAUUGCCGACAAGAUGGAGCGCUACAGCCUCAAGGGGUCCAUGUUCGCCCAAAUCAAAGCUCGAGAAACGAAAAUCACCGAGCUCUCCCAAAACACGACCGAGUCAGCAGCGGUCUUCAAGGAAAAGGACCCGCUCACGGGUGUAGAAUCCUAUUUCAUGACUCAAGUCGGCUCAACGAGCCUUCCACAAGAUGAAGGAGACUCCCUCCGAGACAUGGGCAAGGAAUUCCGAGCGUUCGUCACGGAUGCCAAGACUCAACGGACCUUCAGACGAGAAAAGCUCCUGAAGUUGCUCGGAAACUACAAGAGAGCCAUGACUCCCGAAUACACCGAGCGGGCGAUCAUCGAAAGCGUCGUCGACGAACUGAUUCGAAUGCCGGACAUGACCCGCAAAGACGCGCUUCUAUCCCUCACGCCGCUUAUGCGCCCAAACGUGCGCCACCAAUUCGACAGAGCCAUGACAAUGAACACGACUCAUCCGACCUUCAAGAAGAUGAUCAUUAACCCCUGCGAUGGUUCAGAGGACUGGCGCACCGAAAAAGACUCUAAACCAGGCCGUGGGCGUCGAGGAGGACACUCGAAUGGCGGCCAAAGCAAGAAGCAGAAAACGGACCAUCAAGGGGAAAAUGCGAGCCCCAAAUUCAACCCCGAAGGAAGCGGACAUUCGGGAGGCCGAGGCCGAGGCCGCGGGCGAGGCCGACGAGGCCGCGGGCGAGGCCGCGGCGGUGGAAGCAAUCAAGGAGGAGACACUAAGAAGUUCCAAGACCAAGGCGGAGUCGAAUAA